AUGGCCAAUACGGUUAAAUUCCCGCCGCCGGCGAUCACCGUGCCGCCGGCCCACGACGACCCACGGCUGCCCUUCACGGCUCUUCAGCCCGCGAGCCCGCUCGAGUCCCCCGCCGGCCCCAAGGCUUCCGAUCAAGAUCACAUCGGCGCGUCGUACCUCCGGUCCGUGGAGCCAGCGCCGGACUACUACAACUGGGCGACGACGUCCGUGCCAGCUGCGGAACGGGACGAGCCGGUGUUGCCUCUCCAGCGCGCCGGACGGCUCGUCCAGUGGCCGCGGCUCGCCUCUCUCGCGGCGACAUUCGGCUUCCAGUCCAAGUCCCCUACCCAUAUUUUAGCCCCCCAAAACGCACAAGGGGCGGGAAGCCCAACUGCCUCGUUCCAGCCACUUCUGCGCCCACCCCGAGCUCAACCCUCCGUCGCCAGCUCCGAUUCCGGCGGCCGGACCGCGCCGCUGUUGGCCACCACGGUCCUCCCCGGCCCCGCUCACCUCCCGCCCCAACGAGCAGCAGCAGGUGCUCCCCGAGCUCCGCCUUCCGCCUUCCGCCCCGCCCCGACCUGCCUCGUCGCCGUGCUCGAAGAAGGGGACGGUUGGCACACGCUCCGCCCCGAAAAGGCUUCCCGCCGGCCGCCCCCCAUGCUCCCCCCUCCGACCUCCACGAAGAUGCCCGCCGCGGCGCCGCCGCUUCCGUUCUCCAGGAAGAUGGCCGCCGCCGCUACCGUACUCCGCGCGCCCUGCACCGUCGUCUUCACCGCCCGCGUCCCGCACCCCACCGCCACCGUCCGCGCCCGCAUCCUUGAAUGCCACCUGCCCCAACAUCCAGCGCCUCGCCACUGCUCCCCGCCCGACCUGCGCGGCCGCCCAGAUUGA